AUGGUACCCACCGAAUUGGCAAAGGCUAAAAACCAAGCGCACCCCUACUGGGGUUGGGAUCGGCUAGCAAAGAGAAACCAAGAGGCAUGGGACCCAAAAGGAUUGGCAAAAGCUCAAAAUCAAGUGCACCUCAAAUGGGGUUGGGAUCAGCUAGCAAAGAGAAAAACCAAGAGACAUGGGACCCAUCGGAUUGGCAAAGGCUCAAACCAAGCGCACCCUGACUGGGGUUGGGAUCGGCUAGCAAAGAGAAACCAAGAGGCAUGGGACCCACCGGAUUGGCAAAACCACAAAAUCCAACGCACCCCAACUUAG